CUCGGGUGCCAGCUGACAUGAACCGUAGAAGAAGAAGAGGUUUGUUGUGGUUGGUUGUCCUGACAGCAGCUAGCCUGUUAGCUUCAGAAACAUGUCGGCCACAGAGGACGACACCGAGCUGCGGGACCUGCUGAUCCAGAACCUGGAGAACACCGGAGUGCUCAACAAGCUCAAGGCGGAGAUGAGAGCUGCAGUCUUCCUGGCCAUGGAGGAGCAAGACAGACUGGAGAAUAAGUCUUCUCUGAUCAACGAGCAGUUGAAGAAAUGUCUCAACACUACAGACGGUCGUGUGGUGGCUGGUCUGAUCGCGGACUUCCUUCAGGUGUUCCACCUGGACUUCACGCUCGCUGUGUUCCAGCCAGAGGUCAACUCUCUGAGCGGUCUGGAUGGUCGUGAGUCGGUCUGCAGAGAUCUGGACCUGUCAGAGUCUGACGUCAACAAGAACUGUCCUCUGCUGCUGGAGCUCGUCAGGAGACGACGCCGAGCCACGGAGGUGAGCGGCCAAUCAGCUGUCAGAGUGACAGAGAUCGACAGAAACAUCGGCAAGGAGCCGUCUCAGAAACAGAUCGCACAUGCCAGGAAGAAAUUUGAUUUUUACGACAAGGACGGCAGCGGCUCAGUGCUGAAAGACGACCUGAAGAGUGUUUUCACCGACUUGUUCCCCGGACUGAACAGGAGCAUGUUGGAGUCGUUCGUCUCUGACGAGCUCAGAGCUGAAGACAGAAGCUUCUCCAAAACCGUUGACUUCCAGCUGUUUCUGGGACUUUACAGGCGACUGUUCUCCGACUGCAGGAGUGUGGUCAUCCAGGACUCGGAUGUGCGUCGCUGUCCUGAGGACAAACCCAGCUCUCCACCUGUUAGUAAGAUCCCCAGAUAUAAAGGCCAGAGUCUGAGAGGACAGAGAGCAGCCAAGGACUCGGACGGCGUGGCGUCUCCAGGUAAAGCAGACUUCCAGCAGCAGCGACUUGUGGACUCGGCUGUGAAGAGCGAGCGUGUGGACCUGGACCUGCAGGACGACCUCGAUGACGGAGACUCGUUCUUCGACGACCCGCUGCCCAAACCUCAGAAGACCUACGGCUGUGUUGACCCUCUGAUGGAGGACUGUGUCUCUGGUCCGGUCGUGUCCCCCAUGAGACGAGGCCAAAGCCUCAGCGAUCUGUCUGUCCUGGCUGCUGACUCAGACGUCCGUCUCUCUGAGCUCAGGAAGGCGGAGACGUCCAGAGCCAGAGACAGUCCAGCAGGGUCCCUGUCCGAGACCCAGAGGCCAGGAGGAGCAGGAGGAGCAGCAGGAGGAAGCAGCAUGUCGGAGCAGAGCCACAGCAGGAGCGGAGCGUCAAACUCAAACAGAGAGAAAGUCUUCAGAGACCCAAAGACUCCGAACGACAAGACCGGAUCUCUGCACUUAGAUGAUGACGUUGAAUAUGACGAUGACUUUAACAGCCACCGCUCCGACCUCUCCAAGAGCGAGCUCAGCAUCGGCGAGGAGAUCGAGGAGGUUUCCAUCGAGGGACCGGACCACAGCGACAAGUUUGAUGGAUCCACUCAGGACCUGAGCGUCUCUCAGCUCAGUCAGAGUCACGGAGCCGACUACAUGGAGGAAGUGGCGUGACCCGCCUGUUCCUCCCAUCAUGCACCUCUUCGUAUCGUCAAUAUUUAAGUCUGUACAGUUUGAAAUAAAGUGACCAAUCAGAAUCCAGUA